AUGGGAUUUCAAGAGGAUGGAGAAUACUUGACCCUGCCUGAAAAAGAUCCUCUUGAUGACUUGACUGAAAUUCAAGAUCAACUUAACAAUUUAGUAGACAAUAAAUCAAGUACAGAAAACAAUUCAGAAAGUAAUUCCACUGAGAAAAUACAACACUCCUCUCAUUUGCAGACGUCAUCACAGCAACAAUGUGAAAGCAAAACAGACAUUAACUUUCCAUCUAUAUCAACUGAAAAUUGUUCUCUGGAAGUGAGCAUGUUCUAUUCAUCCCUUGUGUCCACAAUAAAAAAUGUCCGACAAUAUGAGAACCCCGAACUUUUGCAAAAAGCACAGAACAUCAUUCCUGUUAAUAAACUAAGAGAAACAGCAAAAAUAAAAUUUAAUAUGCUUAAGAAUUCCCAGGAUGGAAUCAGUGAUCAAACCAGCAAUUUUAGUAUAGAAGACUGUCUUCUGAUUGGCUUACUUGAUUGGUUCAAAAACAAAUUUUUCAAAUGGGUUGAUAGUCCAAUAUGUACAUUCUGCCAGUGUAGUGAAGUUCAAAGAAAGGGAACAGAUAUUCCCCUCCCUGAAGAAGCCAAAUGGCAGACACGGAAUGUUGAGCUGUAUACAUGCACCUUAUGUGAUACAGUUGUGCGUUUCCCUCGUUACAAUCAUCCAGGAAAACUGUUGGAGACGCGUGAAGGACGAUGUGGGGAGUGGGCCAACUGUUUUACUCUCUGUUGCCGAGCAUUGGGUUUUGAAGCUCGCUUUGUUGUGAGCUGGAAGGAUCAUGUGUGGACGGAGGUAUUUUCCACAUCUCAAGAUCGAUGGUUGCACUGUGACCCCUGUGAGAAUGUUUGUGACAAGCCCCUGCUUUAUGAGUUGGGCUGGGGAGUGAAAAUCAAUUAUAUCAUUGCAUUUUCUGUUGAUGAAAUCCAGGAUGUGACAUGGCGAUACAGUUGCAAACAUCAUGAAGUGAAACAGAAUCGGACCAAAGUACAAGAAUCUUGGUUAAUAAGCACUCUUGAAAAUCUCCGAACAAUCCUGCAGCAGAAUCUUCCCCCCGAGAGAAAAGAUAAACUUGCUUCCAGACAAAUGAAAGAACUUGUUGAAUUCAUGAUGCCAAAGUCUGCAGAUUCUAAAGGAUUGAGUGGAAGAACUACAGGUUCUUUGGCCUGGCGACUUGGUCGAGGUGAGAUCCAAAAUCAUAUCCCAUAUAUUUUCAAACCAGACAAUAAAGAACAAGAAGUUAAGGCUCUCUGUGUCAACUACAGUUGCUCUAAAGACCUUUACAUUCGGGCAAAUGCUCAGAUUAAGGAAAUCAAACAUUGGACAUCAGCUGCCUUUUUGGUAAAGGAUAUUAUAAGAAAAGAAGAACAGGAUUGGAAAAUGGUUUAUCUUGCCAGGCAGGAAGGAACUGAUGAUGCUACUAUCAGUUGGAAAUUUGAUAUUUCAGAUUGUGACAUGACAAUCAGGCAACUGGAGGUAUUUGCAGAUAGCAAUACUUUUUCCACUGGAAAGAUUGUGUGGGAAGUUCAAGAGGAUAAAGGUGAUACACAUAUAUUAAAAGCUGGAGAAAAAUCGGUGUUGGACAGUGUCAAAGGUUGUAGAUGGGUUACACUGACAGCCAAAUUGAAUGGUGGUGAAGGAACAGUUGCUUGGCAACAUACACAAUUGUUUCGGCAAGAACUCCAAGGAACAGAAUUCCCUCUUCAAAUCACAAUACAUUUACAAAAUGCAUGA